GGAAAUAAAGUUGUACGCAGACGCGGUUCUUUGUAAACAAAUAAAAGUUUGAAAGUAAAAUGUCAUCAAUGAUAGAAGAAAUAAUACAAUCUAUAAUUGCAAGAUGUAGAGCAUCGACUAUUAAAGAAACGUUUUUGCGAUGGGGACGUUUUAAUAGUUCACAGUUAAACAACCAGAUUUUCUCAGGACCUAAAAAACAAAUUUAUACCAAAAUACUUAAACUUGUUCAGGAGAGCAAUUUGAAUGAAGAAAUUAUAGGUGAUCUUGAACUUGUCUAUAUGCAGUUACAUUCCAGAAAAAAACAGUGGAAAGUGUAUAAACUAUCAGGUAACAAUUUGCACCUGAACUCUGACCCCAGAACUUUAAGAGCAAAAGUUUUGAGAAAUUUACAAUUAGACUGGAGGGAUGGACAAGUGUUUGGGAACAUGGGUUUAUUUGCUGGUGGAGUGUGGCUGCGAAUGCACAUGAGCUCAAUUAAAGGAAGCAGGAGGACGUCCUACAACCACAACAGUUCAGUGUUUGUUGUCACCUUCCCUGGAUCCCCUUAUUUUAUUCUGAGUAAAGCAGGAGUCAAACAUGUUCAGCUUGUCACUAAGGCUAUUACUACAGCUACAAAUGCUGAGGGUUUAGUAGACAUCCAACUCAGUGGUCACCAUUUGGCAUCAUUGGCUGAUAUUGUUUUAAAAGGCAAUGGACAGAUUCAGUCAACAGUGUAUAGAGAACAGGAAGAAGAGGAAAACCCAUUUGUUGACAAAGGAAGUAGAAAAAGAAAAGCUCCUGAAGAAGAUACAGGAGAUCUAAAUGAUAUCAAUGAUGAGGACAGCGAAGAGAAAGAAUUUAGAAAAUCAAAAUUGGUAAAACUCUUUGGCACAGAAUCCCAACCAGUCCUUGAGAAGCUGGAUUACAAGAAAUAUGUUCAAUAGAACUGUGGAGAUAAUACAUCCUUGCUGCUCUCCUACAAGUACUGAGCUAUUUGCAUUAUGGUGCAGGGCUUUGGUAACAUCAAUAAUGUUAUGUUCCUAUCUAUGUUGAACUUCCUCAUCACUUGCUAACAAUCUGUUGUUAAAUAUUUGUUCAACAGUGCUUCUUCCAGCUCUAACCCUGCCUGUUCUUAAGUAAGGACCUCCUCAGCUUUUCUCUUGAGUGUGUUGAGAAUUAUCCUUAGCAUUAUCUUUCUUAGAUAACUGAUUAGACAUAUCAUUCUAUAGUUUUGGCAUUGUCUCAAAGUUUCCUUUCUUGGGCAGUUGAAUACUAGACUGAAAAAAAAAUUGUCAGGUAAGUAACAUUGGUGUUUAUAAUUGAAACAGAAACUGAAUCGAUUGUACUUUCGUUUUAAGAGCAAUUUAAUAUUGAUGUGUAUGGUACAUUUAUUUCAUCCAUAUAGCUUGUUCCAUACUAACUUGCCACUUGUGUUUAUCUUCACAUAUGAAAAACUUGCCACUUGUGUUUAUCUUCACAUAUGUAUUAACUUCAUAACAUUCUUUAAAAUAUUCAUCUAUAAAU